AUGGUUAUUGGACUACAGCCUCUGGAAUUCUCUGACUGUAUUACUGACAGUCCAUAUUUUCGACAAAAACUACAUGAUCAUGAAAGGGAAUUACAGAAAACCAAUCAACAAAUAAAACGCUUAAUUAAAGAAUUGAAAGAUUUACUAAAUGCUGCCAAAAGUAAGUCAUACAUUAUAUAAUUAACUAAUAUAUCUAGGUGUCUAUAUUAAGUACUGACUUAUUCAACAUUUUAAAUCCAAAGUAGGUAGGUAGGUACUUCUUAAAUUAGAAUGCCAUGUAUAAGUAAAUAUUCCUAUUUUCAAUGUAAAUAUGGUCAUAAAAUAAAUUAAUAUUUGAAUGCUUAAUAAUGUCAUAAUUUAUGUCCUUUAUAUAUUUUUUUCAAUCAUCAAACAACAAAAUUAAUAAAUAAAUUGUUAAUUAUUAUAUUAAUAAAUUUGAAGUAAAAUCAAGUUGCUGAUUAUAAACUUAAUAUUCUAUAAUAGAUAAAUAUAAAAUAUAAUUAGUAUUUGAAAUUUCUAUGAAAUAUUAAAUUGCAUAAGAUAAAAGUUAAAUUUACAAAAAAUUGAAGAGGGUUGAGGAAUGAGCCAUGAAAUUCUAUUUAUUUUAUUUUUUUUAUCAUAUAUAUCAAUAAUUUUUUAAAAUUGUGUAAAUGUAUUUUAAAUUAGAUAAAAACUAGGAAUAUAAAAAUUAUUUAAUAUACAACUUUAACUAUAACUAUUUUCAUAUUGUCUGUGCAUGAACUGUUGUUUUUUUAAAAACAUUAUCUACAAAUAAAUACUCAUGCCUCAUAUAGUGUACCGAUAUUAAUCAUAUUUUUUUGUAUUAGAAAGAAGAAAACUUUUUACAGAGUGAAAUUGGGCUAUGAUUUUGAUAAUAUUAUAUUUUUAAACGCUUGGUUACAAUUUAACAACUCUUUAUGAAGUUACCUCUUAUCUAAUAGAAAAACAAACUAUCAAAAUCAGAUACUUCUAAGUAAUUUUUUCUAUAAAACAUGUUUUGAAAAAAAAAUGAGGUCAUAUCUAGGCCCCUAUAAUAUAAAAAUUAAAACUGACUGAAAAAUAUUUUAAGAAUUUAUUUAACUUUUUAAUUUUAAAUUUUAACAAUUAUUAUGCCAGGUAACACUUAAUAGGUAAUAUACUUAAUAAGUAAUAUAAACUAGGCGGGGUAGGUUUUUAACUCUUAAAAUUUUUUUGGGCAAAUAUACUAUUAAUAGAGAAAAAUUAGCUCAUUUGACUAUAUAGUGAUCUAUUUCUGUGUUGACUGUUCCUCACAAAAGAAACUGAUAAAAGUAAAAUAAUUAUCAUACUUGCUAUAUUAGUUGUAAGAUAAUACAGUACAUUGCAUGUUAUACACAGAGUAAUUCUUUUAUCGUUGAACACUCAUUCAUUAUUUGGAAAAUUGAUUUUUGUUAAAAGUCAAAAGAAAUCCAAACAAAUCGGUAAUCAGAAUGACUCGUUUUCCCAAACCUGUUCAUAUUUACAAAACUACUGCAUUAUUUACAAUUAUUUCUAUUUCUAUUAUUAUCUAUUUGUAAUAUAUAUUGUAUGUAGUAAUCUGUACUUAUAUUUAUUCUGUAAUUGUCCUAUGUACAUAAUAUCUUGUAUACUAUGUAUGAUUUUACAAGGUUCUUGAUUUAAAAGAGUUUUGGCACAAAAUACAUUACAUAGUAGUUUGUUGUUAUAUAUUAUUAUUGCCAACUAUGUACAGUUACUUUGUUGGCAUGAAAACUUAUAAUAACUGAAAAAGAAUAUCAGCACGUAGUAUUCAUUUAAAAUGCAUAAUCAAGCAUAUAGUGUCUCUGUUUUUGUACAAAUUUCAUUAUUGUCAAUCAAAGUUCAAUUCUUCUUAUGUUAAUAGACAUGGGCUAUUUACUAUGUCAGUUAAAGAAAACCUUAAACGUAUUAAUUAUUAGGAACUAUUUAUAAAUCUUAUAUGUCUAUUCAAGUAUUUAUUUUUUCUUGAUGGAACGUGAAUUAUAUUUUAAACUUUUAAAGAUAUUUUUUUUUAAUUGAAUAAUGUUAUGUAUAUUAAGAGUAGAUGACAACCGGAUCCUCAUUAACAUGAAUUGUUUAUGUAUUGUACAUAUUAUAAAUGACUUAAUAAUAACUCACUUUGUAAUUUAUUUAAGUACAGUGUAGGUAUUUUCUACAUUAAUCUUGAAAAAUAUUUUAUAAUAUCAGUCUAGUUUUUGCAAAUGAUGAUAUGAUAGAAAAUAUGACUUAUUCAUUUUUGAUGAGUUCACUUGAUUUAUUAUGAAUUUUUUAUAUCAGUUUUAUUUUUAAAUAAUAUUACAGUUCUUGAAAUUUUAAAGUAAAACAUUAAAACUAUAGAAUAUUUUAUAAUUUUAAAUUUUAAAAUAUAUAUGCCAAAUACCUCAAUAUUAGUUUCAAGAUUAUAGUUUCUAACUAAGGAGUAUUGUUCUAAAUUAUAAAUAUUUUUUUAGAGUAGAUUAUUUUCUUAGAAAUAUAAAAUUGUUUUCUUUUUAAUAUUCGUAGGUUAUUAUAUCAAAUUAUGAGUCAGUACACAUUCACCAUUUUACAAAAUAGAGACCUUUAUGGGCAGUAUACAAUUUCAUAAAUUAUUUAUAGCUAAAUGAUUUCAUAUAAUUUGCUGAUUUUUUUAAAAAGUUUACCAGAAAUUUUAUUCAUGAUAUUUGUGUGUAAAUGUUAGGUAUAGAUAGUUUUUUCAAUAAAAUCUAAAAUGGUUAAAUAUUUUUUUUUUUAAUUAUAUUCAUUUAUUUUCAACUAGUUGCCCAUGAUAAUUAAGAGUCAAAAUAUACAUUUUGUAUUAAUAUUAUUAUUAUUAUGUUGACACAAUGAUACAAUAAAAAAAACCAUAAUUUAAAAUAUCUAAACACCUUUGGAAGAACAUUUAGAGGCUAUAGAGGAAGCAUAAAAAAAAAAUUAUUGUAUAAAAUCUAAAAUAUGUAUGCAUAAAAUAAUUACAAAAAGAGACCUAAAAACACUUUUUCAUGUGCCACUGUAUGUUUUCAAUUUGUUACUGCACAGUAUGUGAUCUACUGUACACAAAAAUUGUCCUUGGAAUAUGGCAAAAAAAAUACUUGCCCCUGGCUGCUAACACUUUUUUUCAUCAUUACAAUUUUAAAUGUAUAAUAAUAAAUAAUAUUCAAUUUACUAUCAUACAUUUUAAAAACACUCUACCGAAUCCCGAAGCCAAACCUAAUUAGUAAUUACAAUCAAUUUUACUAUAUCUCACGUCUCUGGGGUCUUGUAAACUUUGGUUUAUUUUUCCAUUUUUGAAUUUUCAUAAAAUGCUCACCUUGUCAAUGUUUGUUUAUUUUUAAGAUGGUUAGUUGUUCGACUAUGACCUAAAUAUCAGCGUGUUUUUUAACAAUACCCAUCACAAUUUAGUUUAUUUGUCGAUUGUACAAAUUAAUGGUUAUUGUGUUUAUGCAUAAUUAUCAAUUUAAUUUGCUGUAGUAGGUAUCAUAUCGAACACAAACAUUAGUUGGACAUAAAUGUGUGGCAUUGAUGUAUUACUGCAUAUGUAAUAUUUAUAAAAAUAACUUUAUUUAUAAUUGUGCAUUAAACAAUGUCAAUUUUUUUAAAUUAUAUGAGCCCACGAUUAUAUUUUAUGUAGACCAAUAAAGUAAAAUGUAGGUUAUUUCAAUAUUAUAAUAAUACUUAUUUUGAAAUACAAUAUAAAAGAUAAAUGUAAAUUGAGAGUUAAACUUGCAAGUUGUCUUAAAACGUAGUCAAACAAUUACAACUUAUAUAAUGAUUUGUUGUUGCUUUAAAUUUUAUUAUUUUAUAAUAUUGUUAUAGCAACACAAUAUCACAAUAUAUGUAUCUACAUGCACCUACAAUUGAGACUUGUGCCGAAAGUAAGCAAUUUCAAACAAAUCCAAUUUCUGUUUGUGUCUACUAUUUUUAUUAUUCAUCUUCAUCGACAUUAUUGUUAAGUUUUUUCUGAAGUUAUUUUUCCAUAUCUAUCAGUUGUGAUAUCUGCAUUAAAUCAUCUCCUUAAUGACGUCGUUUAAAAGGUGUAUUGUAAAAUGUAGAUGAUUGGUUAGUUACCCAUAGUCUUCAAUACAAAUAAUGGAUAUUUUUCAUUAGUUUUAUCUAAUUUGUAUUAUGAGUAUCAUUAACACUAAUGAGUUAAAAAAUCAACUAUUGAAUUCUAAUUUUUUACUAAAAUAUAGGUGGUUUUAAUUUUUAUUUUUGUUUCAUUUCAAUCUCUGAUAAUCUUCAAAAGAUUUAUUUUUAUCACCAUUCAUUAGGUAUGUAUAUGAAUUAUAUACUAAAGUACCUAUAAAAAACCGAGUAUGCAAGUCUGGUAUUAUAAACUUUAAUGCGUACUAUUUUACUGCAUAUUAUUAUAAAUUAUAAUUAUUAAUUACAGCAUGUGACUUGGACGUUUAAUAGGUAUACUUUAUAAAAAUGUAGGGUUUUAUCUGUAUAUAAAUUAUAAGAAUAGAGUCCAAUUUUAUUGUUAAACCCUACACUGUUUUAAGUGACUCAUCAUUGACUCAUUUUAUGUCUACAGGUUCAAUUUUUUUUCCUAAUUGUUUUUUUAAAAUAUUUAUAUUUGAAAUAUUAUAUUGUUCAUCUUUUUGUAAAGACAAAGAUUUACUCAAACUCUGUUAAAACUAUAGGUACUAUUGUAUUUGUACAGCUUCUCUAAUUACAUAAUUUGUAUGUCUUUAAAUAUUACACAUCAUAAAAUGUAUACAUGACUUAAUGGCAUAAAUAUUAUAAACAAGAGUUUUUUUUUACUUUCAUACUUUUAAGUAAAUAACUUGCCUCUUUAUUCCUAUAGUAAUUUUAAGUCGCUCUCUUUUUUCACUUUCGCAAUUUACAAAUUUACAUAUUAUGACGAUAUUAUAACUUAUAUAUUAUGCAUAUUUCAUAUAAAGAAUUAAUUGCACCCGACUGACAAAUUGUAUUAUACUGGUCAACAUGAUACAGCAUAAUGGUAAUUAUGUAUACCUAUAUAUUUUAAAAUUUGUUUAAGAUUUGUCUCGAGCUCAACGUUUAGUAUCCAGUUCACUACAGCAAUUCGAUUUCGAAUGCAUUGGCACAACACAAACGGACGAUGAGUUAGUAAUCACUCGAUCGCUGGCUGAAUUUGGUCGCCUCAUCUCGUCUAUUGAAGAUGAAAGAGACAGAAUGGUCAGUUUAUCAAUAUGAAUUAAUAUAUAUUUUAUUAUAUGUAAAACGCCACCCGAGGAGACAGUAGCACACUUUUUUUUUUUCGGUUACAGUAGGCCUAGUUAAUAACCUUGUGUCAGUGAAAGUGUGACGAAGAGCAUGACAAAUCAACAACCCAAUUGAGUUUAAUGCACGUACGAGAUAUAAUGUUUUGCUUUUUAUCAUUUUAGUUAUGAAAAAAAAAAAUUUCACGCCCCCCUCCCCCGCAAUAAGAUUUGAAAAUAUACAUUCGUUUAUAAUAAUAUUAUAAUAACCGACAACGAUGAGCCUUCCCGUGGACUAAUAUCAGCUUUAGUUUGAUUUUUUAAUAAAUUAUGAUCAUAUAACCAUCAAAAUAUUUUUUUAACUAAUCAAAACUGCCUAAUUACCCUUGCACCAUUAAAGAUUUCUUUUAUUUAAUAUUUCUUUUUAAUAUAUCAAUUUUUAUAUAGAUCAUUACAAUGAUUACGAUUAUUUAUUAGUAGGUAAUUAUAUACUUUAGAGUUUAAACUAACUGGGUAUAUUUAUUUUUCCCGCUUUUGGUUAAAGGCGAAAAAUGCAAUAAAAAUAUCAUUUAUUUUUAUGAUUUCAGUUAGCUAGAGCUUAUGAUCAGUUUAUAAUUCCUUUAGAAAACUUCAGAAAGGAGCACAUUGGCGGCGUAAAGGUAACAUUUAUUUUUAUAUACUUUUAUUCGAAUUUAUCGAAAGAAAACCCAAUUAUAGUUCAGUCGAUCUGACAAAAUCGACAUGAUCACUAUGCGUAGCUAAUUUACAAUUUAUUAUACAUAAUGUGCCGUCUCGUCGUGUUUGUCCCUAUUGAUUACUCUGUGAAAUCGUUUGAUUUUUGCUAAACGAUUAUAUUCUAUAUUACCAUGUACAUUAACAAUUGCCGGAAAUAAGACGACUAUAAGAAUAUUAUUGACAGUUGAGACUGUCGAGACAUUCUACUGACAAUAUUGUCUGUUGUGUUGUCAAAAACCUAGGAUCUAACGUUUGGAAAAUGUAAGCGCUCCGUUUUAUUCCAUAGUUCCGCCUAUGAAGUCACAAAGAUAUUGACGGUAGGGGGGUUUCUAACCAGGUCGGAGACACUAUGUAUAAAAUAACCCGGGAAAUGUUCACUUUGCGACAACACAUCAGCUGUAAUACUCCAUGUACGUAAAUGUAUACGGGUUGAUUUGUAAGUACUUUAUUAAAAUGCAUAAUAUAUGUAUGUAAAAAAACAAAAAAAACCUCCAUUAGAUGGCAAUUGAUUAUUAGGUACCAGUUAAAAGUAUCAAAAUAACAAGAUCUCAUUACUUAUAUGUUUGCAUCAUUAUAUUAUGAUGACGGAUAAAAUCAAUGUCUAACGACGGUCCGACAAGCAAAUGAAAUAUAAAACUUUACUUUAAAAUAUACGUGUCAUUAAAAACAAAACAUUUCAAAUUAAAAAAAAAACAAUUACCGGUUAUUUGGUAAUUUAACUCUUAUGGAUGAGGAUGUAGCCGUGCGACCUCCAUAGGAAUACGAAUCGUUUAAUCGAUGAAAAACAAACCUAAUAAAGGUAGAAGUUUUUGAUGCCAUCCAUUGAGCCCAUAUAAUAUAAUUUGUUUAAGAUAUUAUCCAUAAGGAAAGUACGUGCUUCGAAGCUCUCUAUUUCCUCGUUCACCGUUUGUUAGUAUUGUUUAUACUACCAUUUGAUGAUGUCAGCGAAACUGAAAAUAAUAUUUUGAUUUGGGAUAUGAAACAUUUGAUCUUUUUUACUGUCUUAAAAGAUUAAAUGUAAUUCAUGAUUACCAAAUCGUAAUAAAUAAUAAUAAUAUUUUUAUUAUUAUAAUCCUAGUGAAGCUUAUCUACAUUAUUUCUUAGUAUUUCAAAGUUUUUUUUAUUCCUGAAUGGUACCUGAUCCAGUGUCGUGGGUACAUCUCACUUGCAUACAAACCAAUUUUCGUAUUAUUUUACAUACAAAUGUGAGACCAGUUGAUAAUAACUGGUCUCGUUUACCUUCUCUUCCUUUUUCCUUCACGCUUGACCAGGCUUAUAGGACUGGCAGAACCUAAACAAAAUAUUUUUGUACAGUUUACGAGUUCUUUAGUUUUUAUUAGGCUUUAUGUGAAUGAAAUAAUUUUUGCCCAGUAAAAGUGCUUAAAACAUUAACACGAAGUUAAUCAUAAUAUUUAUUUAAUUAUUAGAAGAAAUUUAAUUACUAUUUAUUUUUUAUAUUCGUUAAAGUUCAAAAUUUAAUAAAAAUUGUAAAAAUAAUUACAUUUCAUAUCAUGUUUAACCGAACUUUGUUAACUCGCUUAUAAUCGCUUUUCGUUAGUAAUGAUUAUCAUUACGUGCAGAUAUAAAUUAAAUUACCCUAUAUACCCUACCUUUUUUUUUAUAUUUAUCAUUAAAUUACUUCUAUAAAACUAAGAAAUUUGUAAUAUUUUAAACUUUUGUAUUAAAUGACACAACUUAGUUUUUAAAAGCCUUACAUGUAUAUCAUGUAUAUGCCUUUAUUAGAUAUUUUAUUGAUUUAUUAUGUGUUAUUAAAUUUAAAUAAAGCCAAUCUUGUAAUAAAUUAAAAUGAUUCCGAUUUUAAUUAUGACUUAUAAGUUAUGACUCAAUUUGAGAAAAUGCACUGUCACACUUAGAAAAUGCGAUAAGAUGGUGUUUUAAAUAAAUUAUUUAUUUCUUAAUGAAUACGCAAAUAAAAUAAUCGCCAUUUCACAUUCCUGAAAACAUAAUUAUUUAAAUGCUAUCUAUACAAAUUGGUAUAAAAUACCACAAUCUACUAAAAUAUUUUUCUAAAAAGGCAGGUGAACUGGAGCGAAUGAGCGAAGUAGAAUCUGAGGGAGGGAACCUCCCUCCAUUGAUAUAAAACUAAAAUUGUUUCAUAAUCUUGAAAAUUUCAUAUUUUUACGUGAUACGUCAAAUCACUGUAUUUGCUUUUAAUAUUUAAUUAGAGACUAUAAAAUUAUACAACCAGGACCUAAUAUGCUUAUGUAGUUAUAUGUAUGCCAAUUUUUCGUAUGACAAAAUGUAUAUAUAUACUUGUUAUUUAUUCGAUUCCAAAGUAAUAAGAGUUUUUUGCUGUUCAAUCGCUUGCAAUUAAUAUACAUCUUUAUUAUGUUUGUAUGAACGCUAAAAUCGCCAACCGUAUAACGGUCUACUGGGCGUUGCCUUUAGAGUACACCGUUGCCGUGUUGAUUUAUAAUCAAGACACUCAAUAAAAUUGGUCCAUAAAAUAAUAACAUAGGUAUCUCGAUAGCACUAAACGUUGAACUAAAUACUAAAUACGUAUUAUUUAAUACGUAACCGGAUUAAUUAUAAAAAGGUUUCAUUUUAGUUUCUGUUUAAACAUUGUACAUAUUAUCCAGCAUAUUUUAAGAGGACGGCUAAAAUAAAAUAUGGUAUAGUAUAUGUAUUAGAUGUAUGUAAAAACUCUUAAUUCUAUAGGUUUUUGUAAGUACCAAACUAUAACAAUACUCACUAGGAAUUACUUCCGUACAAUACCUACUAUUUUAAUAAUAUUAUACAAUUAAUUUUUUAGUACUGAAUAUAGGAAUCAUAUUUUGUAUUACUUUUAGAUUCUAAGCGGAGCAAGGAAUGUAUUGGUUUUACAAUUAUGUUUAUUUAGGUAGUUUAUUUUUUUAUUUUUUUUAUACUGUAUACAACAAUUCUACCAGAAAUCUUGCUAUGAAGUAUAUCAAGUGUAGCACCUUUUCUGGAAUUGAAUUUUAUCUAGUUGGUACUUCAGGUAAAUCAUUUUUUUUCCAAGCAGUUUUCAUAAUAAUUUUUGAAAAAAACGGAAAAUUUUACGAAUACUUUUAUUAUUUUCAAUUUUGAUUUUUGGUUUUAAUUGAAAAUGUUCAUAGAAACCUGAAAUUUGAACCGAAAACUUAUAUUUGUCUUUUAUAAACGUAGUAAAAUUUUAAAAACAUUUGAUCCAUUUUUGAACUAUUAUUAGACAUUUUAAUUUUGCGAGUUUUUUAAUUAAUUUUUAUUUAUUAGGUACUCUGUGGAUAAAAUUAUUAAAUCAAACUGAAAAUGCUUGAUCAUUAACAGGAGGUUCAUUAUAAGUUGUACUUAUUGGUUAACAAGAAAAAGUUGAUUUAAAUGUAGUAGUUUUUUUUCUUAAUAGGAAUUUUAAUAUAAAAUUUUGACAAAACUCGUAAAUAUUACGCUUUUAAAAUAUAUAACUAAACUUUCCUCAUAAUCAUUUUUCGUUAGUAUUGAUUAAUUUUUGCGUACUUAUACAUAUUGAAUAUUCCUAUCUUCUCAACUUCUCACCUACAAUCCAUCCAUCGUGCGAAGUAUUUCCGUCUUUUUUGUGAUUAAUUCCUGCUAUAAUGCGAAUAUCCGUGGUAUAUCAGUGCUCAGAAUAAAUGGAUUCAAAGAACUCGUUCUUUAAUAUGAAUUUCUUUCACUUUUUAUAGGGGGAUGACCUAGGCGCUCUAAGAAGGAGGCUAGGAGAGCGUUCGUCCCCCCCAUAAACCAUGUUAUGUUCUUAUUUAAUAUACAAAAUAUUCAUAAUUCUUAAGUACAAAUGCAACUGGUUCCAAAUGCCAUCAAGAUGAUUCUGGAUCUUGGAAUAUUUUGAUUAAAACAAUAAUGAAACACUUCUCAUUUAUAAAUUUCAAUAAAUAUCCUCUCAAGGGUGAGAUAAAAUUAUGGAAAACUAAGUAGGAACAAUCAAUUUGUAAAAAUAUAAUAAAAUAUUUAAUUUUUUUAGAAUCAUAAUUGGAAAUGAUUAGUUUAAUUUAAAUUUUAGACUCUGAGUGUAGCGAAGAAUGUACCUAUUGGAUUUACAAUGUUUUUUUUUAUAUAUAUAUACUGCAACAAUAGUUUCUACCAGAAAUCUUGCUUUAAUAUGUAAAUGUGGCAUCUUUUUUGAAAAAAAAAUAUUGUUAUAUUUGACUAGAUGGUACUUUAGGAAAGUCUUUUUUGACUUGUCUAGCCGUUUUCAUAAUAUCAAGAGAACCCAGGAUAAAACAUGAAAAUUUACGAAAAUAAUGCUUUUUUUUAUUUUCAAUUUUGUUUUUUGUUGUAAUUCAGUUAGAAAUAUUCUUAAACUUGACAUUUUGUCAGAAAACUUAUAUUUGUCUUUUCGUAACGUGGUAAAAUUUUUGAGCAAUUUAUAGACAUUUUAGUUUUGCGAGUUUUGUAUGUAAUUUCUAUUCGAUAGGUACUCUGUGGAUAAAAUUGUUAGACCAAACAGAAAUGCUUGAGAAUUUAACACGAGGUCCAUUAAAAGUCGUACAUUGUGAUAAAAAAAAAAAUGUUUGAUCAGAGGCUAACUGGCUUAUCACUUAAAUAUUCAUCGAAAUGAAAACAUUAAUAUAAAAAAUAUUGUUGAUCAAAAUGCUGUUGCAAAAAAAAGCAUUUUGGACUUGGUUAUCUGAUUUUUAAUAAUUAUUAUUAUUAUUUUUAUUAUUCAUAUUAUCAUUAUUUUAAAUAAUAUUUUUUUAAUUGGAAAAAAUUAAUUUAACUUUUAAAUUGUACUGUUUGACUGCAUUUGUACAAUAUAUCUGCAGUCUUCUAAGCUAAUAUAAGUUUAAAUGACAUAAAGGUUUUAAGUUUUUGUUAACCAAAGCGGUUAUAUCCAAGAGUAAAAAUUGUUCGCAAGGGGAGCGAUAAAAUUGACCCAAAGACGCUCUUGAGCAAUACUAUUAACCGAGCUCUGCUCGGAAUCGUUUUUUGUUGGCAAUGCUUAAAUUUUAUUAUGUACAGAUAUAUUAAAUUUCCUUCAAUACCUUCCCAAAUUUUCAUCUAUAACAGUGAACCACCCAUCGUGCGAAGUAUGUCAGUCUUUUUUUCUUAUCAAUUAUUACUAUUAAAUUUAAUUAUUUCGUCCUCACCUCCCCAUGGUCAAUAUCUGGAAAUGCCUCUGACAUGACCAAUUAGUAUUGUUUAUUCGUAUUUUUAUAAUUUUAUCUUUGGACAUUUUAUGUAUUAUAUGUAUAAAAUUGAACCUAUAUCAAUAUUAUGUUCAAUAACAUUGAAAGUAUUCAUAGUAAUAUUUGUAAUUAUGUACCUAUGAAAAUAGUUGAUUUUAAAUCCGGAAAUUAAAAUUUUUUUACUUUGUAUAAUUUAUUUACUUAAUACAUCACAUUUAGCACUAAUAUAAUAACACAAAAAAAUAUAUAUACAUAGAUCAAUGAAUUUUAUUUUUAUUUGAGGAACGAAGAAAGGAACUUAUUCCUUUAUUCAGUCAUGGACCAAGCCUGGAAUUAGUUCCAUUUUAACAAGAUGAACGUGAACCCUUUCCUUAUUAAAAAGGAAGUGAUUUUAUUCCAAACACUAUAUAGUAUAGUGUAAUUCUGUACAGUAUAUCAGUAUGACAGUAAAAGAAAAUCUAUUUAAAUGGUACAUUCAUCUUGAAAAAUAUUAAUAUAUUUAGAGUAGGGUAAAACGACUACCUACUUUAAAUGUAUAAAAAAAGUUACUUACUUUCCUAGAUACUUAGUGUAUCCAUUUAAAUGGAUCACAUUUUAUUUAAUUAUUAUCAAGGUAACAAAAGUGUAUUUUGACAAGUUCUUGCAUUGUUAAGGUUGAUUUCUUGGACAAAUCUUAAUAUCUUCGAAACUUAUAGGAUCACAUCCUAUAUAAACUCUUAUAUAGAAUUAAAAUAUUUCCAAGUUUUAAUACAUAUCUAACCCUGAAAUUGAAUUAUUAUUUUAUUUUGAAUACCUAAGUAAGAAAUUCAAUUUUAAAAAACAGUAACUAUUAUCAAACGCAAUAUUAUUAUAUUAGAACUGUUGUAUAAAAUGUGUUUUAUUUUAGGACGGAAAAAAAAAAUUUGAAAAACAAACCACCAAAUUUUGUCAGAGUCAAGAACGUUAUUUAAAUCUAUCCACUAAAAAACAAGAUUCAGUUCUUCAAGAGGUUUGUGUUUUCAUCAUCAAAUUAUUAUUAUUAUUAUUAUAAUUAUAUACAUAUAUAUGGCUCUUAACCUAAUACUUUUUUUUUAGGCUGAUGCAACACUUGAAAUGGAACAACGUCAUUUUUGUCAAGCUAGCCUUGAAUAUGUUUUUUUGCUUCAAGAAGUUCAAGAAAGAAAAAAAUUUGAAUUUGUUGAAACUGUAAGUUAUUUUGUUUAUGAAUUCAAUAUAUUAAUGUAAUAAUCUAAAGGUAAUUUAACAUAUUUUUAACAGUAAAAAUCACUUUCUAUAUAAUCACUUUUAAUAAUUAAAAUAUAAACUAGCAACUAAAAUUAUUAUAAAAAAGAGGUGAUACCGGAGACGAGUGCGGCCACUGUUAUAAAUGAGAAGUUGGAAAGGUAGGAUUCAUAAGGUUAUUUCAUUUAUAUCUGUAAGCAACGGUAAACCAUUGCCGACAAAAGACGAUUCUGAGCACAGUUUGAUAAUACAUAAUUUGAAGUGCUACAAUUUUUUUUAACCUUACCACCUUCCUACGUUUUUUCCCGAUUAUUAUGAACUAAUUUAAAAAUAAUAAAACGACCUGCAUCAAUAAAAACAAGAUUAAUAAUUGAACAAAAAAUUCUUUUGUCGUUUUUCAAUUGGCGCCAUAUUUGUGCUAAAAAAAUGUGGUUUUUAUUUUAAACACUAUUUCGAAAAUCAAAAAAUGACCUAUGUAUUUACCUAGUAGAUAAAAUUGAAAUUCAGAAAAAGUGCUACACUUCUACAUCGGAGCAAGUUUUCUAGGAUAAAAGUAGUCUACAGUAUUAAAAACAAAUAGGUGUACUAUUUUAAAAAAGAAAAAACAUUGUUCUAUAAUUUUGGAAAUUUUACUAAGUCUAUGUUUUUAUUAGAUGUUAGGAUUCAUGUUCAGCUGGUUGACGUUUUACCAUCAAGGGCAUGAAGUCAACGAAGAUUUCAAGCCUUAUAUGCGUGAAUUGCAGUUUAGAAUACAAAAAGUAAAUGGGUUUGAAAUAAUUAAGCCUUUGUCUUGAUUUUUAACUUAAUGUAUUAACCUAUUUUAAUGUGUGUAUAAUGCUAAUGUUAGACUAGAGACAAUUUUAAUGAGACCCGUGACAAGACUGAAUCUCUAAUGAGAAAAAUGCUGGAAAUGAGACAGUCUGUAAGAUAUUUGUGGAUUUUGUAACACAAUAAUUAAGUUUUGGUUUGGCAUUAAUACAAGCUUGUAUUUGUUUUCCUAUAUAGAAAUCUUUGGAAACUAACAGCAAUAAUCAGAAAGUUACAAGAGAAGGUUAUCUGUUUCUUUUAGAAAGAAGUAAACAUAUUUUAUUUAAUCAGUCUAUAAAUACUUUUUGUUAAUUGCUAUAUUGUUUGUUUAGAGCUUCCUGGAUUUAAAAACACUGGACAAGCAACCAAAUGGUUGCAAAAUAAAUCAUUAGGAGGUAUAACACUUAUUUAAAUACUGUUUGUAUAAUAUAAAAUGUUUAUAAUUUGCUUUAUAUGUCUAGAUGCGCUUAGUACAACUACGUGGACUAAACAUUAUUGUAUAUAUCGAAGAGAAACUAAAGAAUUUGAAAUGAUCACAUUUAAUCAAAUGAUUGGAAAAUUUGUAAGCUUUUUAUCUUCCAGUAUUUUUUAUUUAUAUGUGUAAUUUUGAAACUAUAUUUAUUUUGUUAAAUUAUUAUAUAGAAUACAUCAGAAAAAAUGAUAAUUUCGUCAUGUAUUCGUCGAAUGUCUGAUUCUAUUGAUAAACGGUUUUGUUUUGAUCUUACUAGUGACGAUAGGUAAGUAUUUGUUAAAUUAUUUUAGUAUUGUUGGCGUUUUUAUUUUAUUCUAUUCUAUUUUAAAGACCUGGUAUAAUAUACACAUUUCAAGCGUUAUCAGAGGAAGAUCGUAAGCUAUGGAUGGAUGUUAUGGACGGCAAAGAACCAGUAAUAUUGGAUAAAUUGAAACAAUAUACAGUUUUUUUUUUAUAUUUAUUAUUAUUAUUUUUGUUACGGCAAUUUUUUACAGGAAUAUGGUGUUCCGUCUGUACCAACAUUAAAUAGCAGUGAUAACAAUAUAUUUUUAGAUGAUGCCGGUUUUAAUUUUAUAAAUAAAUGUAUUCAAACAGUUGAAUCACGAGGUAUACAUUUUAAACUGACAAUUGACUAUACAAAUAUCUGUAUGUAUUAUUAUUAAUUAUAGGUUUAGAUGAACAAGGAUUGUAUAGAGUUGGAGGUGUCAGCUCUAAAAUAACUAAACUUUUGGCAAUGGGAUUGGACCGUCGAAAAACAACUAAUGGAUUAAACUCACUGAACUUCCUUGAUGAUUCAAUUGAAUGGGAAACUAAAACAAUUACUAGUGCUUUAAAGCUAUUUUUAAGAAACUUGCCAGAACCAUUAAUGACAUUUAAAUAUCAUAAUGCUUUCAUAUCAGCUGCCAGUAAGAUAAGAUUUUUUAAACAUAAUGAGUUGUUUUUUUUUUAUUUUUUUCUCUUUGAUCAUUUUAGAACAUGAAUUGAGGUUGAAACGUAUAAAUGAUGUACAUAUUCUUCUACACAAAAUUCCUAAACAAAAUUUUAACAUGUUAGAACUAUUAGUUAAACAUUUGUGCAAGUAUGUAAUGGUCUUCAAAUUAUUUUAAUAAACAUAAAUGUACAUAGGUGAAAAAUUCACAUUUAAAUCUUAUAUUUCAGUGUUGUGACCCAUAGUGAACAGAAUCUCAUGACAGUAAGUAAUAUAGCUGUAUGUUUUGGACCAACACUCAUGAGACCUGAACGUGAAACAGUUGCGGCAAUAAUGGAUAUUAAAUUUUGUAAUGUCGUGGUUGAAAUACUUAUUGAGAAUUAUGCUAAAGUAAUGUUUGACAUAAUAAACUCUUAGGAUUUUACUAAAAAAAAAAUGUUCCCUUAGAUUUUUAAAACUGAACCUGACCUAGACAUAGAAUAUGAACCAACUUCAGGGCAUCAACAGUCUUCUUCAUCUCAGAAAUUAAAAUAUUCUCCUGUUACUCCAACAGUUACUCAUGUAAGUCAUUAGAAAAUAACUUAAAUUCAUACCAGUUUUUAAUUUAAUUUUUAUUCAGGCAAUUAUAAAAUCGUACAACGAUGGACCAUUGAUAAGUACUAAUUUGCACAAUGUAGGUGCAACACCUACCAUUCCAUCACACUCUAUACCCAUUGCUAAUUUAAACAGGGUAAAUCAAAAGAGUUUAUAGUUAAAUUGUAUCUUUUAAAAUAAUAGUUUCAUUUAAAAUUUAGAAAUAUGAAAUAGGUACAUCGUAGUAUUAUUUAAUAGAUUGAAAAUUUUCAAACAGAUUAAACAUUAAUUAAUAAUAUACCUAUAUACAUUUUUAAAAACUUUUAAUUAUAUUUUCUGUUGGACUUUUUUGGCUAGAUCAAGAAAUAGUUUAAAUAUUAUGUUUAACAUUCAUCUUAAUUUAAGUAUACAUUUAAUAAUAAAUAAUUUAAAGUGUUCAUGUUAAUAUGUAUUUACAUUUAUUUAAGAUUUGUUGAGUUUUAUUUUGUAUUAUUAACUAAUGGUUAAUUAUACAAAAAUAAUGCUUUUAUUUUAUAAAUACUAUAAAAAAACAAAUAAGAUAAUUUCUCUUUGCAUCUUGUACUUGUAAUUAAUUUCAUUAGUUUACUUAAGAUCUAUUAAAAUUGUUUAAUAGAUAUUAAAUAUGCUACAAUCGUGAUGAUUUUAAUUCUUUAAAAUUAAGCUAUUAGCUAUAAAAUUGAUGGUAAUAAUGAAAAAAUGUUUAGUUGAGUCUCACAUCAUCUACUUCAAGUGCGUUAUCAGAAGCCAAUCUUCAUAAUCUGAAUGUAUACAGUAAGCCUGUAACACAUGCAGCAAGUCCAAACAAAAAUUAUUACUACUCUGUGGACAGCCAGAAUCCAGUCAACAGCAGUUCUAGUAGUUCAAAUGAAUCCGUUUGUUCAGUAUUCUCUUUAGAUAACCCACAAAUGCAACCGUCCAGGGCACCACAGAAAACCAAGAGAAGUAUUAAAAUGGGUGUGCAUUAUGCAAUGAGCUAUAGACCUCAAGAUACUGUGUAAGUAUUGAACAGAAACUGAACAGCUUGGGUGCAUGCGUUUUAUAUAACAUUAUUAAUGUGUGCAUACUGUAUACUGGUUUGCAAGUGGAGUAUAACCAAAAUUAAAUUGAACAUUUUGAAUAAAAUAACAAUUACUGUUCUACUAUUCAAAAUUUAAUUUUAAAUUUGGUCCAACUUCUUACAUCAAAUAUGGUAGUUCUGUAUACAUCUAUAACUUCUACUAAAAUUACUAAUAUUAUAAUAAUUUGUCUUUUUUUUUUGUUUUUUGGUGUUGGAAUAUAAGUGGUUCACAUCUGGCAUCAUUAAUUGGUGGUCGCAUUAGUCCUCAGUCACAUUUAACAUUAAGGUUAACCAUAUUAUACUUUGUUUAAUUUGUCUUGUUACUAACAAUUUUUUUGGUUGCUGCAUAAUGACAUAUUAUACCUAAAAACUGAAGAGAUCUGCUGUAUUUCAACAUUUAUUCACAAUAGUAAAAUCGAUAAUAUUUUUUAUUAUUAUUUACUCAAUAUUUUACUAGUUAUUAAUUUAAACUUGCACUGUUUACAUGUUAAACAUCUCAAUAUUAUUUUGUUUGCAUUUAAUUAAACAAUCAACAAUGUUAUUAUUAGGGCAGAUAUUUGUAUUUCCUAAAAAUGUUUAAAUAUAUAAGCAGAUAUGCACGACAAAUACCAAACGAUGCACUAAAAAAAAUCAUGUUGAACAUUUCUUAAAAAUGUACAAAAUCCAAAGAAUAUAGCUCAAAAUAUAAUUUUUUCAAGUCACGAAACACAUUUUGGUAUAAAAUAGAUAUUUAUUUGACUAUUAGUAAUAUGUAAAAGCAUAUAAAUAUCUGCACUAGUUAAUAUGUAUACUUAAAAACCACAGCAUUUUUCUACACCUCUUUAAUUGCUUUUAUUUUUUAAAUCCUUGACUUAAACCUAAUAAUAUAUUACGUUAUAAUAUACCACCUCUUUUAGUCUCCUAAUUUUUACACAGCAAAAUUGUGCUCGUUUUGUUUGUAGAAGAGUCCGUACUUUGUAUGCAUGUCUUGGAGAAAAUGAUGGCGAAUUGUCAUUUGAGCCAAACCAAAUAAUUACAAAUGGUAUUUUCAAUUUAUUGUUUUUAAAUUUUUAAUUAUUGUUGUGAAAAAAGUACCGUUUAUUUUAAUUUGAUCACUGAAUUUAAGAUCUAUUUUUUUUUCACAGUGCGAUCAUCUUGUGAACCUGGCUGGUUAGAAGGCACAUUAAACGGGAAGACUGGUCUAGUACCAGAAAACUAUGUGGAACUUUUACCAUAA